CCAGCAUCCGUCACAGGUCGGCGAGGUCCAUGGUCUUCCAGACGUAGCGGUCGAGUUAUGCUGCUCUGGUUUUCCGUCGGUGUACCUAUUCCGUUUUCGUCCCGUUCUAGAUCCGCCCGUUCUGUAUCCCAAACGGAAGGCUCCUAUAAAUCCGCAGCCAGUUGCGACAUAAUCGAUUUCAGGCAGAUGCUGGGCAGUUCGAAUCUAUCCUGCUGAUCCGCUCUUGCAGGCUGCGCUGCAUCACCACUGAUCUGAACAUCGAAUGGGCAAGCGAUGGGUUACGGAGAUGAGCCCCUGCGAGGCAUUGAGAUUCAAGCGUCGACGCGUCAACGGCAGACCAAAGGCGCGGCUGGACAAUCUCCCGGAGGAUCUGAUACAAAAGAUACUAUCACGCUUGACUCUAAAGGAGGUGGCACGGAUAAGCACGCUGUCGAGUGGGUGGAGAGAAGCCUGGAGAUACCACCCAGAUCUAAUCUUUGAUAUUGACAAAUUGUUUGAUGGCAAGGAUAAGGGGGACCAAGAAUUUGUGACUAGUGUCAAUGCUAUUGUCAAGGAUCACUACCGCACUGUUGUGAACAAGUUCAAGGUGAAUUAUGGACUCUCUGAAGAACAUGGUGAUGAUCUUGAUGGAUGGAUCAGUUUUGCUGUUUCAUCCAAGGCAAAGAAUGUUGUUCUUGAUCUACGACCUGCACCCAAAUGCCCUGAUAAUGUCUACAACUUCCCUCUGCAUCUUUUUGCUCAUCGGAACAGCUCAUGUGUGCUGUCUCUCCGACUUGUCUUGGUCUGCCUAAGGCCUGCUCCGGAUUUCUGCGGCUUUGUAAACCUUCGAUCUCUCAAAUUGCAUAGGGCUUAUGUAUCGAAGGACCUCCAUUGCAUGCUCUCACAAUGUGUUGUGCUUGAGUGGUUAAGCCUGACAGACUGUUUCAUAUCUUCCUUCACUAUGUCUGAGCCACUAGACCACCUGAAAUAUGCUUGUAUUCAGAAUUGCAGCCUACAAAGCAUCCAACUGGAUGCACCAAAUCUCACAGUAUUUGAGUAUUCAGAGAAGGAUGUACCAAUCGUGCUUGGCAAAUUUCACAAGCUGACAAAGGCAAAAAUCGAAGUAUUGUCUGAUUCUGACAAUCUAGACUACACUUUUAGUCACCUUGUUAGUACUAUGCCUAAUGUGGAGGAAAUCUCCCUGAGACUCCAUAUCCAAAAUGAGGCACGGCAGUUCAUGACAAACAACCGAUGUGAUUUUUUUAAUCUGAGGCAUCUCGAAAUUGAAGUUUUGGUGGACGGAAAUCCAGGUUGUUCAAGUGGGAUUCUUCGUUUGGCUUCUCUCUUGGAACUAACUCCUUCUUUGGAAGUGUUCAAUUUGCACGUUUUGUUCAGUUCUGAGCUGCGAUAUCAUGCUGUUGCUGAUGCCAGGAAGACUUCAGGGCGCAAACUUAGCCAUCUCAAAAGAGUGUUCAUGUCAGGAUUUGCUGAUCUCCGGGGCCAAGUGGAGCUGGCCUGGUAUAUCCUGGAGCAUGCCACAGCCCUCAAGCGCAUGGUCAUUGAUCCUGGUGUGAAGACUCGUUUCGGCUCGCACCGUGCAAAAGAGGGCGUGCAACUGGAUCUCAUGGCAAAAUACUUUCUACCAAAAUUUCCAGAGGUCCUGACUGUUUUGAGAUCCUGAUCCAUUUCGGUUGUGACAGCCUGGAUGGUGGUUGCCAGCUCUGUUUUUAUAGUAGUACUUUUUAUAUAUCAAAAUCAUU